GUUGACCAGACUGUCUACAUUGAGGACUGCCAGCAGAAAUGUACCUGCUAUGAAACUGGGCAGGUUGACUGUGAGAGGGUGGAGUGCCCAGCCCAGCAUAUCUGUCUCAUGAAGAAUGGGGUCCGGGGCUGUUACCGCCAGGAGGGAGUCUGCUCUGUGACCCAGGGGAGGAAAGCUGGUCACCUUCGAUGACCAGCUGACCGAGGUGACAGUGCCAGGGAUGUAUGUGCUGGCAUCUGUCUGUAACGAGAGUGCACCCACAUGGUUCCGCGCCUUGGCACAGUUCAGCCCCUGUAUUGAGGACGGGAAGCUGGGGAUCUCCGCUCUCUUUAUUCAGUUCGAUGGUGCCUUCAUCGCGGUGACUGCAGAAGGGAACGUCUGGGUGAAUGGGCACCGGUUGAACCGAGGGCAGUUCCCGUUCACGGACAUACCUGGUCUGUCCAUUGUUGCUGAAGCGAAUGGGGUGUUUGUGGAAAAUUCGGCUGGAGUCAGGUUUCUGUUCCGCGGCCUCGGUGAGCUCACCGUCACGGUGCCUCGCUCCUUCAUGAAGCAGAUGUGUGGCAGCUGCGGUGUUUUUGGUGCCAGUUACGCUGGCGAGCUGCUGAUGCCAGAUGGAUUGGUGACAUCAGAUAUUCAGAGAUUCCUCAGAGGGUGGCUCGCUCCGGAAUUUACCAGCUGUCUGAAUUGAGAGAGACUCAGGAUCUGGCCUGGGCUGAGAUGAUUCUGAGAACGCGGUGAAAUGGUUUUGUGAGGAGUGUCGCCAGUAAUCGGUGCUGACAGUGAAAAAUCAGGCUGCAGACCCUGUCCCUGAAUCCUGAUCACGGGAAUUCAGCAAAGACAGGAAACGUGUUCCGUAAAUAUUCGUGAAAACAACAAAUAAAUUCAGA